CUUGCCUUGCCCCUCCGCCUCUGACGACUACAACUACUUGCAGUAAAGCUCUACCCGCACUACACUUCAAUGUCAUGCCGCCACUUCUGGAUUGCCAUUCCUCUUCACUACCUUCUGCUCUGCAUUCAUCUGCUCCUAACACUGAGCUGCCCUCAUGGGAUCAUGUCCUUAAUAUGUCUCCUAAACCCUCUCCUCAUCUCAAUCCUCAGCUCCACACUGAGAGAAUACUGGUCGAUGAUGAAUCUUCUCCGUGUUUACAUCCUCAGGAAGAACACUGCUUUCAUUCUGCCCCUUCCAUUCUUUCAAACAACCCUCCAACAUCCAAGUCAUCAAUGGAACUGAUGAAAGAAAUUGCAAUACUUGAAGUUGAAAUCAUGCGUAUGGAACGAUAUCUUCUUUCGCUUUACCGAGCUGCUUUUCAACAACAUAUCCCUGAUUUGUUGGGGAAGCAUGCAGCCAAUAUAGAGAGCAAGAUAAACACACCUUUACAUAGUACAAUGGAUGAACCUAACUACAACUUUGAAUUUGGCAUGUCCAAAGUUUAUGUGGAUAAAUAUGAUAGAAGUUCAUCUCCAUCUGCUUUGGUUUGUUCAGAUGAUCAGCUUGAAUCUGCAACAAAGCCAUCAUCUAGAAGGGAGAAGAAUGCUGAUUCUGGUCAUCGUAGCCUUGCAGAUCACCUUGGUGUUUCUCGCAUUGAUGACUUCAUUAAUUAUCCUGAUAGACUGUCUGAAGAGAUUGUCAGAUGUAUAGCUUCUAUUUACUGCAAACUUGCCAAUCCAUCCACUGUUACUCAAAAAGGAUCUUCAGUUUCUUCUACUUCAUCCAUGUCCUCUUCAAGCACAUUUUCUCCAAGAAACCUGUCUGGCAGUUGGAGUCUGGCAGUUGAAGAAGGAACAGAGCAGUGUGAAUAUGAAGGCUUUAAAGAUGAUAAGAAGGCCAAUAGUACACUGAUUGAAGUUCUGAAAGUUUCUUUAGAUGAUGAUAGUUUCACCUAUGCUACAACUAUGCUGCAAAACUUCAGGUUGCUGGUUAAGAGUCUUGAGAAGGUUGACCCAAUGAAGUUGAAGCGUGAAGAGAAGCUUGUCUUCUGGAUCAACAUUCAUAAUGCCUUAGUGAUGCAUGCCUAUUUAGCCUAUGGAACUCAAAAUUGUGUAAGAACUUCAUCCAUCGUAAGGGCAGCUUAUAACGUGGGUGGACAUUGCAUAAAUGCGUAUGUCAUACAGAACUCCAUUUUAGGUAUCCGACCACAUUAUUCAGCACCGUGGCUUCAAACACUGCUGUCUCCAGGAAAAAAGCUAGUGGCUGGAGGUGCUAAACAUGCAUAUGCAAUUGAGUACCCUGAACCUCUAGUUCAUUUUGCACUUUCUUUAGGGGCAUCAUCUGAUCCAGCGAUUCGGGUGUACACUGCAAGGAAUGUAUUUCGAGAUCUUAAAGUUGCCAAAAAGGAGUUUAUAGAAGCUUCAGUUUGCAUUCAGAAGGAAACGGCAAAGAUAUUUAUGCCCAAAAUUGUAUGCUAUUAUGCUAAAGAUAUGUCUUUUAGUAUGGAUGGGCUUGUUGAAGACAUGAAUGGAUGCCUCUCAGAAUCUCAACAGAAGGCUGUUAAGUCAUGUGUGAAGGGAAGACCUGAGAAAUACAUUGAUUGGUUGCCACAAAGUUCAAGCUUUAGAUAUUUGAUCCACUGCACAGAGAAGUUGCCCAAGGAAGAGUAGCUAGCUAAAUGUGGCUCUGGCUUUGGGUAUUGUUUCUUAUUCGCACCCACCGUGGUGGAUAGGUGUGUGUUAUGAUUUACUGCAGGCUGAAGCGCCUUUGCUUGCUCUCAACAAGGACAAGCAAAAAGGAGAGAACCAUGACUUGAAAACUGAAGCAGAUUCAGAAAGGUCUUGGCUCUUGGGAAA